GGCACGAAAAGAGGACCGGCCUGCCGCCUCACUGUGGCCCGCCUCCUCAAUCCCCAGGGAGUUGCAGGGGCUCGUAGGGGGCUGGGGUCCCGCCGCCGUGCUCCCCUGGCCUGCGCCGCGCGUCUUGGUAGGCGCUGUGGUGCCGGGGCCCAGCGGACUGGGGGCGGGUCCCGGGCCCUGGCACACUCACCCCCAGCCGGACGGACGCAGCGGACUGUCCUCUGCCGUGCGCCAGGCACAGUAUGGGGAGGCGCUGCUGGCGGCGGCGCGGGCUGGCGGCCGCCUGUCUGGGCGCCACCCUCCUCCUGCUCCUGUGCGCCGCGCCCCGCACCCUGGGCCCAGCAUUUGGAAACAGAGCCCUGGGCUCCAGCUGGCUUAGUGGGGAGAGGAGAAGCCCCCUGCAGAAGCUCUAUGACCUGGACCAGGACCCACUCGCGGCCCUGGCCGAGGUGCACCGGCAGCGGCGCGACCUGCUGAGCAGCGCCUGUAGCCGCCACACGCGCCGGCAGCGCCUGCUGCAGCCCGAGGACCUGCGGCACGUGCUGGUGGACGACACGCAUGGCCUGCUCUACUGCUACGUGCCCAAGGUGGCCUGCACCAACUGGAAGCGCGUGCUGCUGGCGCUGAGCGGCAAAGCCCGCGGCGACCCGCGCGCCAUCCCCGCACACGAGGCGCACGCGCCCGGCCGCCUGCCCUCGCUGGCCGACUUCAGCCCCGCCGAGAUCAACCGCCGCCUGCGCGCCUACCUGACCUUCCUGUUCGUGCGGGAGCCCUUCGAGCGCCUGGCGUCCGCCUACCGCAACAAGCUCGCGCGCCCCUACAGCGCCGACUUCCAGAGGCGCUACGGCGCACGCAUCGUGCAGCGCCUGCGGCCGCGCGCGCUCCCCGUCGCCCGGGCCCGCGGCCACGACGUGCGCUUCGCCGAGUUCUUGGCCUACCUGCUGGACCCGCGCACGCGGCGCGAAGAGCCCUUCAAUGAGCACUGGGAGCGCGCGCAUGCGCUCUGCCACCCGUGCCGCCUCCGCUAUGACGUAGUCGGCAAGUUCGAGACACUGGCGGAGGACGCGGCCUUCGUGCUGGCCCUGGCGGGUGCGCCCGACCUGAGCUUCCCCGCGCCGCCGCGGCCACGGUCGGCCACUGCCUCCCAAGACCUGGCAGCCCGCCUCUUCCGGGACAUCAGCCCCUUUUACCAGCGGCGCCUCUUCGACCUCUACAAGAUGGACUUCCUGCUCUUCAACUACUCUGCUCCCUCCUAUCUGCGGCUGCACUAGAGGUCCGGGAGGCCCUGUGGCCACGCGAGGCAAAUGCCUUUCCAGCAAGACCCCGGAGAAUGCAGAUGCUGCCGGCCCCAGGACCCCUGUUCAAGAGCUACUGCAUGCACUCACCGACCUACAAAUCCUGUCCUGGGUCAGGGAGGGGAGACAGUACACCCCAGGGGAUGGGGACAGGAGUGCAUAGAGCAGCAGCACCCACAGUAGCACAAAGUGGAAACAACCCAGACAUUCACCCGAAAGAGAGUGGACACAUCAUGAAAUGAGAAACGUGAAAAAUGAAGGAAAUACAGUGGUAGCAUCAUCAUCACAUGACUUUUAGCAACUUGCUGUGAAGGGGAAAAAGUUAGAUGGAGUUUGAUACAA